AUGAGUGAUACGAUGUACAACAUUGAAGCGUACAACGAUAAAUCAACAUGCCACGUUGAUGAAGAUGUACCAACCCAGAGUGAAUACAUUCCUGGUAGGACCAGUGAUGUGCUUCAAGCCACGACCGACCGUCAUCCAGCUACUAGAAGCAACCGAAAGCCUAUUCGCAUAUCAGUUUGGAAUGUUAGAACACUUUUCAGAAAGGGACAGUUGAACAAUGUUCUAAGGGAAAUGGAAAGGUUGGACAUUAGUGUUUUGGGACUAUGUGAAGUGCGUUGGAAGGAGGCAGGAAUGUUUCGGAAAAAUGACUCUACAAUGAUCUACUCUGGUGGCAAUGAACAUCAAAGAGGAGUAGGCAUGAUUUUGAAUAAGCAAACCUCGAAAAGUUUACUUGGGCAUUGGGCGCUUUCUGAUCGUGUUAUUCUAGUCAAAAUUAAAGGCAAUCCAUUCAAUAUCAGUAUCAUUCAAGUUUAUGCUCCAACUUCAGAUGCUGAUGACGACGAGAUCGAUGGUUUUAAUGAAACUCUAGACAAAGCGUACAGUCAAUGCAAGUCGACUGAAGAUAAAAUCGUUAUGGGCGAUAUAAACGCAAAAGUCGGCAAAGGAAAAGUUGGAAGCAUUGUUGGUCCUUUUGGACUUCGGGAUCAGAACGAUAGAGGUCAGAAAUCCAUAGACUGGUGUGCAAGAAACCAUCAGGUCAUUACCGGUACUUGGUUCAAACAUCAUCCAAGACGAUUGUACACUGCAAAACAUAUCCCAGUGCGGAUUGUGGUAGCGACCAUAAUCCAGUUGUGA